AUGGAGCGAGCAGAAAGCAUUCCAAACCUCACGCCCGUGGGAAGGGAGGCCGAGGUCGACCUUGUGCCCGGCACCGAAAUCAUGACGGAGAUUGGGGGAGCGAGGUUUUACCACAAUGAAGACAAUCCAGAUUCGGUCGUCUUGAUUCCGCAACCGACCGACGAUCCACAUGACCCACUGAACUGGAGCAUGUUCUGGAAAACCUUGGUCAUUGUUAACCAAGGUAUCUUCGUGAUCGCAAGCGUCAUUCCGGCUCUGUCUAUAGCACCUUUAACUCCAGUCUUCAUGCAGCAAUGGGAAAAGUCAUUGACUGACGUCGCUUUGUUGACUGGGGUAACUGUGUUGCUUCUAGGAUACUGCAAUUUCUUCAUCAUCCCUAGCUGCGAGAUUUUCGGACGACGGAUAACCCUCCUUGUCUGCGCAUUGCUGAACUUUGGUGCUUGUAUUUGGCAAGCGACGGCUACAUCAUACGGCUCAUUUUUAGCCGCACGGAUCCUUGCGGGGACAGGGGCGUCUGCGAAUGAGAGCGUUAUGAACGUCGUAGUGACUGACAUCUUCUUCCUCCACGAACGCGGGAAAUAUGUCGGAUCGUACUUUUGGUGUUACUUUAUGGGUCUCUUCCUUGGCCCGAUUAUAUCAGGAGCUGUCCAGGAAAAGGUUUCCUGGAGAAUCUUCUUCUGGGCUUGUACCGGCGCCCAGGGCCUUAACAUCAUUGGACUCCUCUUUUUCUUCCCGGAAACCCGUCGUUUGCGGAAUCAAGAUCCUAUCCCAGCUGUUCAGGGAUCGGAGCAAGGCAGCAACGACAAUGCCAAAUUAGAGAUGAGCUCUGGUCAUGUCGAGUUUGUUUCGUCAACACACAUACAACCCCCCCAACCUGGGAUUCUAGGAAGCGGCAAGCCCAGCCGAGCCCAGUUCGGUAUUUUUCAAGCAAUAGAUCGGACUGCGUGGCGAUCGGUUGUUCGGCACUUUUUCACUCCAGCACAUAUCUUUUUCUUUCCCAUCAUUUUUUGGGCAUCCGUGUCGAUGGGGUCAGCUGCGAAUGCCCUAUUGGCAGUUAACCUUCUGCAGUCUCCUGGCCUCGCUGCGCCGCCUUAUAAAUUCACACCGGCGCAGGUCGGCUACGCCAACUUUGCACUCGUGGGCGGUGGCGUGCUGGGGCUCGCCGUAGCCGGACCAUGGUCGGAUUAUGUCUCACAGAAAGCAACGGCGAGGAACAAGGGCAUCCGGGAACCAGAGAUGCGGCUCUGGUCUUUAACUCCAUUCAUUGCUGCUGCUAUUGUUGGGCUAGUGGCUUUCGGUGUUGGCUUGCAGGACAAAUGGCCUUGGCCUGCCGUCAUUAUCAUCGGGUUCGGCUUCGUGGGUGUCCAGGUUGUCGCCAUCCCUACCAUUUCCAUUACCUAUGCCAUCGAUUGCUACAGGCCAAUUUCGGGAGAAAUCAUGGCAAUUGCCACUGUCUGCAAGAACACGUUUGGAGUGAGUCAGCCAAAUUUCCCUUCGCCAAUUCCAUUCUGGCACUGA